CCGGCGGGGGCGCUGUGGCCGCAGUGGCGCUGGGGCGGCGGCGGUGAUGGCGGCUGCGAUGGGCUCCGCGCUGCUGCUGCUGCUCGCGCUCCUCGGGCCCGCGCCCGCGCUCGCCGGAUACAUCGAGGCCCUCGCAGCCAAUGCUGGGACAGGGUUUGCAGUGGCAGAGCCUCAAAUUGCCAUGUUCUGUGGGAAGCUAAAUAUGCAUGUGAACAUCCAGACUGGGAAAUGGGAACCUGACACUUCUGGAACCAAGAGCUGCUUUGGAAGGAAGGAGGAGAUUCUGCAGUACUGCCAGGAGAUGUACCCAGACCUGCAGAUCACCAACGUGGUGGAAGCCAACCAGCCCGUGAGCAUCGACAGCUGGUGCAAGCAUGGGAAGAAGCAGUGCAAGGACCACACCCACAUCGUGGUGCCCUUCAAGUGCCUGGUGGGUGAGUUCGUGAGCGACGUCCUGCUGGUCCCCGAGAAGUGCCGGUUCUUCCACAAGGAGCGGAUGGAUGUGUGUGAGAGCCACCAGCACUGGCACACCGUGGCCAAGGAGGCCUGUCUGACAGAGGGGAUGAUCCUGCACAGUUAUGGGAUGCUGCUGCCCUGCGGGGUGGACCAGUUCCACGGCACAGAGUACGUGUGCUGCCCUCAGACUAAGGUUGUGGAUGAGGCUCUGUCCAAAGAGGAGGAGGAGGAGGAGGAGGAAGAGGAGGAUGAAGACUAUGACCUUUACAAAAGUGAGUUCCCUACAGAGGCAGGUGUAGAAGACUUCACAGGAACAGCUGUGGAGGAGGAUGAGGAUGAAGAUGACGAAGGGGAGGAGGAAGAGGACGUGGUGGAGGACCGUGAUUACUACUACGACAGCUACAAGGUGGAUGAUUACAACGAGGAGACCCCCACAGAGCCCAGCAAUGACAAGGCUGUGGCUGAGAAGGAAGUGAGCAGCGAUAUGAAAUCUGUCUGCUCCCAGGAGGCCCUGACAGGGCCCUGCCGGGCUGUGAUGCCUCGCUGGUACUUCGACCCUAACAAGAGAAAGUGCAUUCGCUUUAUAUAUGGAGGCUGCGGAGGCAACAGGAACAAUUUUGAGUCAGAGGAGUAUUGUAUGGCUGUGUGUAAAAAGAUGAUGCCCACUGAUGAUGUGGAUGUCUACUUCGAGACCCCAGCGGAUGACAACGAGCACGCCCGCUUCCAGAAGGCCAAGGAGCAGCUGGAGGUCAGGCACCACAACCGCAUGGACCGGGUGAAGAAGGAAUGGGAGGAAGCUGAGCACCAAGCUGUAAAUCUCCCCAAGGCAGAGAGGCAGACUCUCAUCCAGCACUUCCAGGCCAUGGUGAAGUCUCUGGAGAAGGAAGCAGCAAGUGAGAAGCAGCAGCUUGUGGAGACUCACCUGGCUCGCGUGGAAGCGAUGCUGAACGAUCGCCGUCGCAUCGCCCUGGAGAACUACCUGGCUGCCCUGCAGGCCGACCCACCACGGCCCCACCGCAUCCUGCAGGCCCUGAAGCGCUACGUCCGUGCCGAGAACAAGGACCGGCUCCACACCAUCCGCCACUACCAGCACGUGCUGGCCGUGGACCCCGAGAAGGCUGCACAGAUGAAGUCCCAGGUGAUGACACAUCUCCAUGUGAUCGAGGAGCGGAUGAAUCAAAGCUUGUCUCUGCUCUACAAGGUACCAUAUGUGGCUGAAGAAAUCCAGGAUGAGAUUGAUGAGCUGCUGCAGGAGCAGCGUGCAGACAUGGAGCAGUUCACAUCCUCCAUUUCCGAGUCCCCGGUGGACGUCAGGGUGAGCUCUGAGGAGAGCGAGGAGAUCCCCCUGGACGGCAAACCCUUCCGGCCCUUCCAGGUGAAAACCUUCCCUGCUGGGCCCGACAGUGAAGAUCCUCAGCCGGAUUUGUACCAUCCAAUGAAAAAAGGUUCUGGCAUGACUGAGCUGGACGGGCUGAUCGGCGCCGAAGAAAAAGUGCUCAACAGCAAGAACAAAGUGGAUGAAAAUGUGGUAAUUGAUGAGACCCUUGAUGUGAAGGAGAUGAUUUUCAACGCGGAGCGUGUCGGUGGGCUGGUGGACGAGCCGGAUAAUGACAACUCCCUCCGUGAUGAUUUCAGCUUCAGCAGCAGUGCCCUGAUUGGGCUGUUGGUGAUUGCUGUUGCCAUAGCUACUGUGAUAGUCAUCAGCUUGGUGAUGCUGAGGAAGAGGCAGUACGGGACCAUCAGCCAUGGAAUUGUGGAGGUUGACCCGAUGCUCACCCCGGAGGAGCGGCAUCUGAGCAAGAUGCAAAACCACGGCUACGAGAACCCCACUUACAAAUACCUGGAGCAGAUGCAGAUAUAAGAGAGAUGAAGAUACAACAGCCCUGACCAGGAAAGGUGCAGGGUGGAGGGCCAAAGUGGUCCAGUGUUUUGGAUCAACUACUGACCAACAGUUGCUUCGAGAGGACUUCAUCUUACAUUCAGAACUCCUGGAUCAUUAAGACUAUAAUUACUACUGUAGAGUUGCAAUUUCCAUUCUUUUAAAUGGGUGAAGAAAUGAUAAUAUAACAAUAUGAUAUAUAAAUCUCCUUAAAUGGGAAAAAUGGAUCUAUUGCAGAUAUUUGACUGAUAUGUAGUUUUCUUUUUUUUUUUUUUUUAAAUAAUCUGAAAAAUACCAGUUCCGUUGUACUGUUGUCUGUUACGAGCUCUAUAUAUAUAAAAUGGGAAAUGUUGAUCUUUAUUUCUGAUAGACCACCUGUAUAUUGAGGGUCGUUUGUACCAGCCCACCUUGUAAAAAGGAGACAGUUGUGGCUCUUCAGUCAUUUUGGCUUUUAUAUAUAAAGCAGUAUUCCUUUUUUUUUUUUUUUUUUUUUUUUUAAGUGAAUUUCGCUGGGAGUUGCAAAGAGAUUAAUUUAGGGAUAGGAGCUAUGACAGCAUAAGCAAGGAAGCAAUUGGGAAUGGUAACUAACAAAAACCCUUAUGAUGAAAAAAAAAAAGAAAAAGAGAAAGAAAAGAAAAAAAAAAAAGAAAACCCCCAUCCUCAUAUGCCAGUGGUGUGCACCCUGCUGCUUAGCAGCUCGGGCUCUAGGAAUCAACACUCCCUGGAGGCAAGGAGUUAAAAGGCUUCUAGCAUCUCUGUUUAUAGCUAUUCUAGUGGAACGUUAGACCAUGGUUUGUGCAUACAGGGGUCUGCACAUUCGCCUCCCAGAUUCAGUUCUGCUCUAGAGUUGGAAGUUCCUGGUAAUUGAAUUGAAAUCCUCUGUUCUCAGCCAGUUUCCUUCAGUACUCACCUGGCAUUAACAGCCCCCUCUUGCUACUACUUUCUAAUUUCCCCAGCUCUCCUGCCUCACCAACAUGGUAAGUAAGUUCAGAGCCGCAGAUUUUGGAGCCUUUGCAUCUCUCUGGGGGACGUUGGGCCCUGGGCACAGCUCUGGGGGUUGGCCCAGACGUGACAAAAUCACUGCAACGGUCGGGACCUCGGGAGCCGACGAACACAGAGCUCGCUGAGCUGGGGAGGGGAGAGGGACACCUCGGGGAAGGGAUGCUGCCUGCCUGCUGUAAGGGAAAUGGGAUGCAUAGGCCCCCAGAAGACCAAAAGGGGUAUUGUUCCACUCACCAUCAUGUCUUUGUAAUGCUUGUAUAGUUGGUGUUAAUGCUCACGGCUUUUUUAAAUCUGGAGGUUCUGGUAACCUGUGGUGUAUUUUUUCUAUUUUUCCUGUGACUUUUAUUUUUUCUUCCCCCCCUUCCGUGUCUCUUCCCACUAUGCACAGAUUUACCUGCAAACUCCUUAGUGUGGUCUGUGGGGAAUGUACAAAGUUUAAACACAUCAAUAAACACUUUAACUUCCA